UUUUUUGGAGCGCGAUAUAUAUUUUUGAUUGUAUCUUAUUCUUUAUUUUAUCCAAUUCAUUUUUAGAAAUGUGAUUUUGCAAAAUUGACUUCCGCCGGAUAAUGAUCUCUUUCCCCUUUAAAAGGGAAAUUAACGCAAAAAAUACACAUUCAUAUUUCUCUUUCGCUCCAUUUCUCCUUGGGUAAUUAUUCCGAGUUAUGGCACAUAUUGCACCACCAGAUGAAUUUUUAGCACCUGAGCACACAUCAUCUCAACGGCACAAUUUUCUUCAAUGGCACCAACAACAACAUUUUCUACACUCUUCACUCGGCACAAUAAAAACAACUUUUAAAUAUCAACAGAUUAACAAUUUUAACUUCAAAAAUUUUUAUCUACUACAUUAA